AUGGCCAAAUCCUCAAUGCGCUAUCGUCCCAUGACGACCUAUGCCGUAGGCCAUCAGAUUGCUAAUGAUGGACCAAGUAAACAGAAACCAACACCGUCGUAUUCAGACCAUAUCAUCCCUCGAUCUUGGCGCAAAGCACGCCGGCCCGGUUUCACUGCUCCGUCCAGCACAGAUCUGGUCGAGCUUUGCGAGAAGCUAUUGGAACGGCCGCGAGAAAGCGCGAAACGAUUCUUUUGUCUACGGACUUUGAGCACUCAAGAAACGAACAGCAUGUCGCUCGGUCUGCCCAGGCCGGGUCGAUCCCGGCCGCACUCGGAAAUCUUUGUUGGCGCGGAUGAGGAGCGAGUCGCUCAAUUUAUGGCUGCCCAGAUGCGGGAUAGCAAUUCCAGCAACAUUUCACUGACUGGGGGAGUAUCUCGACCCAUCUCACGGGACAGGUCGAAUAGCGAUGACUCGACUGUCAUUAGUAGUGGCACAAUGCCGACAUUGCGCAAUGAGCGAGUGGUUGCCACGGGCAAUGGGAUUACUGUUAGUGUUGCGCUGGCUGAACCUUUGGUAUUCCUGCCGGGCUAUGAUCACAGUGAUCCGAGUACCAAAAGAUCGGCUAUUCUCAGGGGGCAUUUGCAUAUCAAAACGACCAAGUCGGUGAAGGUGAAGAAGGUUUCGAUAUGUUUUCGUGGACAGGCACAGACUGACUGGCCGGAUGGUAUUCCUCCAAAGAAAAUCAACUUUCACGACAAGAAAGAUAUUAUGACAUCUGGAAUGAUUUACUUUAAUCAAGGAGAGACCUCCAUUGUACAGAACCCGUACGGUGCACAUUAUUACAAAGUAUCAAAUACGAUGGCGUUGUCGACUACCAAAGAACCCAAAAUCUACAGCGUGACUACGACGACGAGAGAGUUGUUGAAAAAUGGUUCCACGACAACCGUAAACAGAGAAACUGCCAGAGAUUUGAAACGAUUAUCCUUGCAGUCCAAUCAUUCACGCAGUUUCAACAAGAACGAAGCCCCCAGCGCGAACCAACCGCAAGCCGUACGGAAUUACAGACUCUUCCCGCCUGGCGAUUACUUGUACGCCUUCGAGUUCCCCAUUGAUGGAUCGAUGCCAGAGACCAUCAAAAGCGAGCUUGGAUUUGUACGGUACGAUCUCGAAGCCAUAGUCGAACGAUCCGGCGCUUUCCGUCCCAAUCUGCUUGGAAGCACCGAGAUAGAAGUAGUGCGAACCCCAGCCGAGGGAUCUUUGGAGCAAGUCGAGCCUAUCGCCAUAUCUCGCAACUGGGAGGAUCAGCUGCAUUACGACAUUGUCAUUUCCGGAAAAUCAUUUCCAAUGGGAUCGCAGGUCCCGAUUGCAUUCAAAUUGACGCCUCUCGCGAAGGUUGAGUGCCAUCGAAUCAAAGUCUAUGUAACGGAGAAUAUCCAGCACUGGACGCAAGACAAGUUUGUGCAUAGGUUACAGCCGCCGAAGAAGGUGCUUUUGUUUGAAAAGCGGGCGGAUGUGCCUAGUAUCAGCACGUAUCCUGGAAGCAGUAUGCGGGUGACUGCUGGUGGUGGCGUGCAUUGGGAUCAACGAGAAGCUGCUGCUCGAGGUGAGGAGCAGGUCAACCGGGGUGUUUCUAGUUUACUGGGAAAUUUGUCCAAUGAUGUGGGAGUUGGGCCGACCGAAAUGGAAUUCAGUGUACAACUUCCGAGUUGUCAUGCAAUGAAGGGGAAAGACGAGGCGCAUCGAUUGCAUUUUGAUACGACGUAUGAGAAUAUUCAGAUCAAUCAUUGGAUUAAGAUUGUAAUGCGCCUGUCGAAAACCGACGAAAAAGAUCCAACUAAACGCCGACACUUUGAAAUCUCGAUCGACUCACCUUUCCACAUUCUCUCCUGCAAAGCAACACAAGGAAACAUUUUCCUUCCUGCUUACAGCGACCCAUCUUCCGAUCCAGCAGUCAUCCAGGACGAAUAUUCCUGUGGCUGCCCCGGAGCCCCAAUGACUCGCCGAAGCGCACCAACCAGCCGCAUCAACUCAUCCACCGCCCUCGACCAAAUCAACAACCCCAGCACCGAUGCCAACUGCCCAACUUCAACCCGCGGCCUCCCGCGCAGCUUCACCAGUGGCUCAGGCGGCCUCUCCCGCCCUGAGGCAGCACACAUCGCCCACGAAGCGCCCAACGAACGCGACGCGCGGCCCAUGCAUCUCCUGCGCGCACCGUCAUUCGCACCACCCGCAUUCGAAGAACUCGAGCCUCCACCACCACUCAUCACUCCCCCACCAGAGUACGCCAGCAUCGUGGGCAACAGUGACCGCGAAACCGUCUUGACAGAUUACUUCAACCGUCUAUCAUACUUUGAGGAACAGGAUGACGAGGAGCGUGGGCUCGGAAGGGUCGAUGUUCCGCUUACCCCGGGUGGGCGGGUACAUCGUAGUAUGGAUGUGCCGCGGGAGUGGGUGCGGUUGGGCGACGCUACUGUUCAGUAG